AAAGUAUACCCUUGCAGUCAAUGCACAAAGCAGUUCAAUCGCCCAAGCGCUCUAGAAACACAUUCAUAUACACAUAGUCUUGAAAAGCCAUUUCAGUGUCUAAGCCCUAAUUGCGGUCGAAAGUUCUCGGUAGUUUCUAAUUUAAGAAGGCAUUUCAAGGUUCAUCAAAAACAAUCCUUAAAUUGCAACAAAAUUACAUCUCAGGAAAGACUUCGCUGUGUUCGACAAUUAAUAAAGAAAAAGCCCAGCGAU